AUGGGUAGUACUGACGGAACUGUUGAUUCUUCGAGUCCAAUAUUCCUCCAUCCCUCCAAUAUCCAUGGGAUUUCCUUAGUCCACACACCUUUCUCUGGUACUGGAUUUGGUGGGUGGAAAAUAUGUAUAAUUGUGUCUUUGUCUGCUAAGAAUAAAAUUGGUUUCGCAGAUGGUACUUGCCCCAAACCUGUUGAAAAUUCUCCACACAUUAAACAAUGGAACAGAUGUAAUAAUAUGGUCAUAUCUUGGUUGGCCAGUUCACUUUCUCCAGAAAUUGAUGAGAGUGUUCAAUAUUCAGAAACUGUUGAGACCAUAUGGGAACAAUUAAAUAAAAGAUAUGGUGCAGUUAAUGGGACGAAGGUUUUUGAGAUAAAGAAAGAACUUGCUUUCACUAUGCAAGGAGCUCUUGAUAUAGCUUCCUAUUUAACCAAACUUAAAAAAUUAUGGGAUGAAUUGAGGGUAAUGCGUAGUAAUAAAAUAAAUGUUUGUGCAUGUCCUAUUAGAGCAGAACUUCUGAAAGAGGAAGAAGAGGAUAGAGUCCACCAAUUUCUGAUGGGUUUGGAUGGGAUAUAUGUUGGGUUAGGAGUAACAUUUUGA